AUGGGGCUCGAGAAGGAUAAGGAAAGGUCUCGGAGGGAUGGCCGUGUGAUGGAAGGCUGUGGCGGAUGGUGCAUGCCGUCUGCAGCGUUGCGUAUUCCUCCCGCUGCUCAUGCUGCUCCCGCUGGGCCUAUUCCUCCCGCUGCUGAGCCCGCCGCAACCGAGCAGACCGUUGCGGCUGGCGCAGAGCGCGCAAGGCCUUCCGCGGAAGCUGCCGCCGCGAAAGCGGGGACAGGGCGGGGGGGGAAUUGCGGCGGGCGGAAGGUGGGUGAACGGGAAGAGCGGGAGAGGCGGGAGAGCGAGGAGGAGGGAGUGCCGAUGCUGACGAUGACGAUGACGGCGAGUCUGACGGCGUGCAGUGAGGAGGCGUGCGGAGGCGGAGGAGGAACCGGGGGGGGCGGCGGAGUUGAUCUGAUGGAUGCGGAGGUGCCGGCGGUGAUGGAUAUCGACUGGGAGGACCGGCGCAACCCGCUCGCCGCCACGGCGUACGUGCGCGACAUAUACGCGCUGUACCGCCGCAUGGAGAGGGAGACGAUGGCGGCGGAGAGCUACAUGAGCCAGCAGGCGGACAUCAACGACAAGAUGCGCGCCAUUCUCCUCGACUGGCUAAUCGAGGUCCAUCUCAAGUUCAAGCUCAUGCCGGAAACGCUCUUCCUCACCGCCAACCUCAUCGACCGUUACCUGUCCCUCGCGCCCGUGCGCCGGCGCAACCUGCAGCUCGUGGGUGUGACCGCCAUGCUCAUCGCGUCCAAGUACGAGGAGAUCUGGGCGCCCGAGGUGCGCGAUUUCGUGUACAUAUCGGAUAACGCGUACAGCCGCGCGGAGGUGAUUGCGUUGGAGAAGGAGAUGUUGAACGCGCUGCGGUUCCAGCUCACGGCGGACCUACAGCCAUGCGUGAGGAUGAUGGCAGAGCUGCAGCACAAGGCGGGCAGAGGGAAUCUAACUGCCGUUUACAAGAAGUACAGCAACCCCAAGUUUGGAGAAGUGGCCAAGCUGCCUCAUUUCGCCAAAUCGCCCACCCGUCUCCCUUUCCGUCGCGCGUCACGUCGCCAUCUCGUCGCCCGUCCCGUCGCCCUCUUCGUCGCCCUCUCUCCCCUCCUCUCCUCCCGUCGGCCUCUCUCUCGCCCCUCCCUACCGAUCGCCCUCCCGUCGCUCGCCCCGUCGCGCUCUCUCUCUCCGCUCCCUUCCCGUCGCCCUCUCUCUCGCCCCUCCCUUCCCGUCGCGCUCUCUCUCUCCGCGCCCUUCCCGUCGCCCUCUCUCUCGCCCCUCCCUUCCCAUCGCUCUCUCUCUCUCCGUUCCGCCCUCUCUCUCGCUCCUCCUUCGAAUCGCGCUCUCUCUCCGCUCCCUUCCCGUCGGCCUCUCUCUCCGCUCCCUUCCCGUCGCGCUCUCUCUCUCCGCUCCCUUCCCGUCGCCCUCUCUCUCGCCCCUCCCUUCCCGUCGCGCUCUCUCUCUCCGCUCCCUUCCCGUCGCCCUCUCUCUCGCCCCUCCCUUCCCGUCGCGCUCUCUCUCUCCGCUCCCUUCCCAUCGCCCUCUCUCUCGCCCCUCCCUUCCCGUCGCGAUCUCUCUCUCCGCUCCCUUCCCGUCGCCCUCUCUCUCGCCCCUCCUACCCGUCGCGCUCUCUCUCUCCGCGCCCUUCCCGUCGCCCUCUCUCUCGCCCCUCCCUUCCCAUCGCGUUCUCUCUCUCCGCUCCGCCCUCUCUCUCGCUCCUCCCUUCGAAUCGCGCUCUCUCUCCGCUCCCUUCCCGUCGCGCUCUCUCUCUCCGCUCCCUUCCCAUUGCCCUCUCUCUUUCUGCUCCCUUCCCAUCCUCCCUUCUCGCUCGCCUCGAAUAGCCCUCCCGGCGACCUUCGACUCUCCCAUCACGUAUGCCCUCCUUUCUCCGUCGCCUCUCUCGUUCUCCCUCUGCUAUCGCGUCAGCGUGACCCUUUCCGUACUCUGUUAUUGUGUUUGGUUUGUUUGUUUUUUCUGUCUUUCCAUCUAUUCUCGACACCCUCUCUCCCGCCGCCUAUCCUCUCUCCCGUCGCCCUCCCGUUUCCCGUCGCCCUCCCGUUUCCCGUCGCACUCCCGUUUCCCGCCCCCCUCCCGUUUCCCGUCGCCCUCCCUUUUCCCGUCGCCCUCCCGUUUCCCGUCGCCCUCGCGUUUCCCGUCGCCCUCCGGUUUCCCGUCGCCCUCCCGUUUCCCGUCGCCCUCCCUUCUUCCGUCACCCUCCCUUUUCCCGUCGCCCUCGCGUUUCCCGCCCUCCCGUUUCCCGUCGCCCUCCCGUUUUCCGUCGCCCUCCCGUUUCCCGUCGCCCUCCCGUUUCCCGUCGCCCUCGCGUUUCCCGUCGCCCUCCCGUUUCCCGUCGCCCUCCCGUUUCCCGUCGCCCCCCUUCUUCCGUCGCCCUCCCGUUUCCUACGCCCUCCCUUCCCGUCGCCCUCCCGCCUCAAGUCCAAGGCAGCACAUUGA